AUGGUGUACUACAUGGACCUUUGGGUCGGAGACCUCGUCGGCCAGAACGCGAUCUUUGGGAUGAAUUUCAUGGUGCCUGCAGGGGUACGGAUCGAUACCGCGGACGGCACAGCAUGUCUCCCAGACGAAGUCCGUAUCCAGAUGAUCGGGAGACGACCGUUGUACGGAUCGCGGAUGCGUCCGGUGACGAUCCCGUCGUUGAUCCGCGUCGCCGCGGGUCAGACCUACGACGUGCCGUUGCGACCAGAGAAGGGUGUACCACGCUUGUGGGUGACACGAGGAGCGACGUGGGUAACUUCCCUGAUCAAAGCCCCCGUCGGACGUCGCACGUACUUGCGCGUUACGAACAUCGGAGAGAAGUCGACCGUGCUAGACGCACAUACGACGAUUGGAUGGUGGACGCCCAUCGACGCGGUACCCCGCGCGUUUGGGUUUGUACAACCUGGAUCGCGAAAGUAUGACGAGUGGCAAAAGUUGGUAAAUACUGAGUCCACCGAUGCGGUGAAGACUCGGGACGCCCUCUCUCCGAAGCUCGAGCACGGAGCGCGUCUGGGCACGGAGCACGAGCACGGACCGCGUCUCAAGAUGGGGUCGACGGAAGAGCCCGACCCUAGCUUCAAGGAGAUUGCAGAGUACGAGUACGCCGACGAGGGGGUGAUAUUCCAUGAAGGGUCAGACUUGUUCACAGAAGACGUGGAAGUCGAAAUGGCAGUGUUGCCAGAGGUUCCGUUGACGGCAGAAAUCGUCUGGAAGAAGCGUAAAUGGUUGAUCGGGAAGGGCAACGCUCUGCCACCUGCAGCGAAGGGUGUCAUCUGCGACAUCGAUGUGGGAAACGCGAGGCCCGUCGCACAACGCGUCCGGAAGAUCUCGUCGCAGUUUCGCGAGAAACUAGCCGAUCUGAUCCGAGGACUUCUCAGCGCGCGUAUGAUCCGCGCGUCGAAGUCACCUUGGGCUUCCCCUAUCGUGGUCAUCGUGAAGAAGAAUGGUGUCGACAUCAGACUCUGUGUCGACUACAGGUUGGUCAACGGUUUGACCCAGUUGAUGGUGUACCCGAUGCCACUGGUCACGGACCUCUUGGAAGACUUGGAUAAGUACCGAUGGUACUUAGACAUGGCCAGCGGAUUUUGGGUAGUCCCGAUGACGGACCGAGCCCGUCUCAUCUCCGCGUUCAUCACACCAUUCGGGCUGUUCGAGUGGCUGCGUAUGCCAUUCGGUUUAUGCAACGCGCCACAGAUAUACCAGCGGUUGAUAGACAACGCGCUGUACGGCUUCUGGAAACUCUCGCCGACUGAUGAUACCCGCGACGUUUUCAAGGACGGGGUCCCGUCCAAUCCUGGAACACGGUCCGUACUUGGCCGACGGUCCUAUAUUGACGAUAUUCUGAUCGGAGGAAAGUCUUGGGAUGACUUGUGCGAGAAGGUGGAACGUCUCCUCGAGGUUUGCGAGGAGUGGCACCUGUCGAUCAGUGUCGAGAAAAGCGAAUGGGGAAUUCCAAGAAUGGAUUACUUGGGGCACGAGGUUUCGGAAAACGGACUCGGGGCGAAGCCAAAGAACUUGGAAGCACUAGCGGCGCUGGAUUUUCCGCGCACGCAAAAGGGGUUGCAAUCGUUCUUGGGUAGUCUAAAUUACUACCACCGCUUUAUCCCCGACUUCGCGAUCUUUGCCACCGCGCUUUACUCCCUCUCAGCCCGCGACUUCGAGGAACGCGCCACGAACCCAGAAACGCGUGACGUGGAAAAGUGGGACCACGCUGAACGCGCGUUCGAGACACUUCGCAGCAAGAUCGCGGCUAUCCCGAUGCUAAAGCAUUUCGACGUGGAACCAGUGGUGAUUGUGUACGCGAGUGACUGGGCCGUGUCGGCCGUCCUCACUCAAGCGCAUGACGGAGUGUACAUGCCCGUCAAGUUCACUAACCGGACGUUGAAACCCAACGAGCUGAACUACACCAUCACCGAGAAGGAGAUCCUAGCGUUGUUGCGUGUCUUGAACGAGUGCCACAACAUGCUGGUGGGAAAGACGAUACGCGUGUUGACCCGACAUACAACCCUGGGUUGGCUAUUCCGGUCUAAAGGGCUGCAAGGUCGUCUGUCGCAAUGGGCUGCCAUCCUCUCCCCCUGGCGAUUGGAAAUCCUCCGGUCGGCGAAAGGGGAGGAAGAGAUUCUGGGAGCGUUGGCUGCAAGCAUCACGUCGAGGACCCAUGUAGAUUCCGCAUUGGUAGAUAUCGCGCCUCGAAAACGCUCGUCUAAGACGGCUACGAUCCCGGUCCCGAAAAUCGGACCGACCGAGAGCCUCCAUGUGAUCAGCUUCGACGGGUCAGCCCGCGUCAAACGCGAAGGUGGUGCAUUCAGCGCCGUAGUCUGGCAGCUGCCGAAUUGGGGCGUGGUAAAAGCCGCGUCUGGAUACGCGGAAGGUCUCGCAGUGAACGAAGCCGAAUACCGGGAGCGGGAGACGCGCGGUACAGAUGACCCCGUCGCUGAGCUUGAAACGCGCGGUCCCGACAACGAGAGACGCGGGACGGGGAGAGUCUGUCCUGUGACCACCCGGUCGCGCGACGCGUCCCGUCAAAUCACGCGGAGACAGCCGGAAGACUUGAAGGAACUACAGGUACAACGGCUGAGACUGGACCGGGUCCGUACCGCGCAGGACGAAGAGCUCUGGAUAACGAACCUCAAGAAGUUCCUAAGCGGAGAUAUC